AUGGCCUCUUUGGGGAUGCAGAUGCUGGCCAGCGCCCUGUGCCUCCUGGGUUGGGCAGGGGUCAUCAUCAGCUGCAUACUGCCCAUGUGGCGGGUCACGGCCUUCGUGGGAAGCACCAUCGUCACCUCGCAGACCAUCUGGGAGGGCAUCUGGAUGACCUGUGUGGCGCAGAGCACGGGGCAGAUCCAGUGUAAACCUUACGACUCUCUUCUUGCUCUCAGCGCAGAUCUGCAGGCCGCCAGGGCUCUCAUCGUCGUUGCCAUCACUACGGGAAGCGCGGGCCUCAUUCUAGCCUUCAUUGGAGGGAAGUGCACUCGCUUUUUGGAUGAGGAAGGAGGCGGGGUUAAAGGCAAGGUGGCUGUAGCAGCAGGAGCCAUUUUGAUCGUCACAGGGCUGCUGUGUUUGAUCCCCACAUCGUGGGCGGCCGGGUCCGUGGUGAAGAAGUUCUACAGCGCCUCCAUAGAUGCUCAACGGAGGGAGAUUGGCGCUUGCAUCUACAUCGGCUGGGGAGCGUCCGUCCUGCUUAUCUUGGGAGGGGGUUUGUUCAUCAGCUCAGCAUGCCCCCUCAAAGCCCACAAUGAGGACAAGAGCCCUUCUGUCCGUUACUUGGUGGUUCGUUCCUCCAACGGGUCCACCCAGGCAGGCUCCCAACGCAGCAGAGUACCACCAGCAACAUCUCAGCCUCUCGGAGUCCUUCCCAGGUCUCGAAGCUACGAUGGAGCAUCAACAAAGCCUCCGGUGUACACAAGGCCUCCCUGGGAGGACGGGGCUGAGCAGGGCUCGAGGUCAGAAGGAUCAUGGGCUCCAUCAUCAAAGUCUCAGAUGAAAAGACCGGGGUCGACAAAGUCUGAAUACAGUGAGGCGCCGUCCACAAAGUCUCAACUGAAACGAGCAGAAAUGGAAGAGAAUUCAUCCGUCAAGAGCGAAAAUGAGGACACGUCCUCAAACCCAGCGAGAACAUACCUAUGA